UCACUUUUCAGUUUCAUUCUCUCUCCUCAAAAAUCUUUCUUUUCCUCCUCCUACCUCUCCCAAUACAAACCAGAAAUCCUCUCCGUCGACGGCGAUGAGGAAGAAGACGAUGGCGACUGCGACGGUAUCCUCUCUCUCUCUCUCUUUCUCUCUGAAGGCGAUUUAUCUAUUUUCAUUCGGGGAAAAGGGACAAGAAGCUUUUCGAAGGAAAGGUCGUUGAUCAAAGAACAACUUCACAGACUGAGGGAUUUUGCAUAAUGGAAGACAAGGAGCACUCAUUGCGGUCAACCUCCGAC